UCUUCGGCUGCCAAGAUGGGGAAGAAAGCCAAGAAGGAGAAGAAGGGGAAGGGAGCCGAGAAAACCGCGGCCAAGAUGGAGAAGAAGGUGUCCAAGAGGGCGAAGAAAGAGGAGGAGGAUCUCGAGGCCCUCAUUGCUGAGUUCCAGACCCUGGAUGCUAAAAAGAUGCAAGUGCUGGAGACCAUCUGCCCUCCACCUUUGCCAAGACUCAACGCAUCUCUUUCUGCGCAUCCUGAGAAAGACGAACUAAUUCUGUUUGGAGGUGAAUAUUUCAAUGGCCAAAAAACUUUCCUCUACAAUGAGCUCUUUAUUUACAACAUUCGGAAGAACACCUGGGCUAAAAUCGACAUCCCCAACCCGCCACCCCGGCGUUGCGCUCAUCAGGCCGUAGUGGUCGCUCAGGGCGGUGGGCAGCUCUGGGUUUUUGGCGGGGAGUUUGCUUCGCCAGAUGGGGAGCAGUUUUACCACUACAAGGACCUUUGGGUCUUGCAUUUGGCCAGCAAGGCAUGGGAGCAGAUCAAGGUCGCGGGAGGUCCUUCCGGCCGCAGCGGGCACCGCAUGGUGGUGUGCAGGAGGCAGCUGAUUGUGUUCGGAGGGUUCCACGAAAGCGCCAGAGAUUACAUCUACUACAACGACGCUUAUGCCUUUAACCUGGACACCUUUGCCUGGGUCAAGCUGGCUCCUUCGGGGGUGGCCCCAUCCCCACGGUCCGGCUGCCAGCUGGCCACCACUCCUGAAGGCAAUGUCCUCGUCUACGGAGGCUACUCCAAGCAGCGAAUAAAAAAAGACGUGGACAAGGGCACUCUCCACACAGACAUGUUCCUGUUGAAGGCUGAAGGCUCAGAGAAAUGGGCCUGGACUCGGCUAACCCCUUCUGGUGUGAAGCCCACGCCUCGUUCCGGCUUCUCGGUGGCCAUCAGCCCGAACAACCGGUCCCUUCUCUUUGGUGGCGUCCACGACGAAGAAGAGGAGGAGCGCCUCGAGGGCGAUUUCUUCAACGAUAUUUAUUUCUACGACCUGGCGAAGAACCGGUGGUUCCCCGGACAGCUGAAGGGACCAAAGUCUGAGAAGAAGAAGAGAAGGCGAGGCCAAGGGGCGGAGCUUUCCUCCUCAGCUUUGCCCGAGGGCUCUGGCGAGACCCAUCCAGGCCCUGUGGAGAUCGUAAAGGAGGUGGUGGCUGAAGAUGGGACCAUCAUGACCAUUAAGGAGACGAUCUCGGGCCCCACGGUGGAGCAGCAGAGCUCGGAAUCGGAGAGUGAAGAAGACGUGACAGGAGGCGAGGCCUCUGGCCAGCAGGUGGAGCCUUGCCCGCGUUCUAAUGCCAUGCUGGCGGUGAAGCACGGGGUGCUCUACGUCUACGGGGGGAUGUUCGAGGUGGGAGACCGCCAGUUCACGCUCAAUGACCUCUAUGCCCUCGACAUCCACAAGAUGGAAGAAUGGAAGGUCCUAGUGGAGAUGGACCCCAAAACACAGGAGUGGCUUGAAGAAUCUGAGUCUGAUGAGGGAGAAGAAGCGGAGGGUGCUGAGGGAGGAGAGGAGGAGGAAGGAGAAGACUCGGAGGAGGAGAGUGACGAGGAAGAUGAAGAAGCAGAGGAGCACCCAUCCAUCCAGCCUAAUGAAAAGUACACGGACUAUCUCUCCAGGACGGAGCAGUACUGGGUGAAACUGGCCCGCCAGCACCUGGGCCCGGAUGCCAAGGAGAAAAAGGUGUUGAAAGUGGGCCACGCCAUGGCAAAGACCUUCUAUGAAGGAUCUGCCUAGAGGAGGAUU